AUGUCAAAACAAAAAACAUAACCUAUUUUAUAUUGAUUAGUAAAAAUGUCUAUAAGAAAUAUCUUAAAUAAAGAGGUGUUUGAAUCAAGUGAAGAACGUGUUUUAGCAUUAUGUCACGUUGGGAAAUUAUUAAAAAAGAAAAAAUCUUCAAUACUAUGCGUAACGACGACGAUAAAUCCACCGGCGAAUAUUUCGAUAGUUCAAGUGAAACAAACGGAUAAAACGUUUAAAAAGAAACGAACUUGGUCGUUGGUUGAUUUAAAAUCGGUUGAUGGUAAAAAUGAGGAUCAACGCUUUUUGGAAUUUGAUUUGCAAUUAGAUAAAAUGUAUAGGUGGGUUGCAUUGAAUUGGCAAGAAAGGCAAGCGUUUAUUGUAACGAUAUGGAGGCAAGCCAAUAAAUAUGUUUUAAAAGACAAGCCUAAAUUUAGAAACGUCCCGAAAACUUGGCUGAUGGAGGAUAUUUUAACACCGGAAAGUAACUUUGUUUCAUCUCCUCUUUGUCUUGAUCCUGAUAUGGACUUACAAGACAUCCAACCAAUUACAGAGAAAGAACAGGAAGAUUUAACAAAAUUAAUGUCUGAUUGUGAAUACGCAAUAAGUAAUGCAGAAGCAUUUACUGAGUAUUUAGCACGGGAUUUAUCAUUGUUGGAGAGCGAAAAUGUUCAGAGAUUAUUAGCAAGUGAAGUUGAAACAAUAAUGGAACAAUUAGAUGUAGCUAUUGAGGAGGCUGAGAAAAUUGAGCAGAGGUUAGAUGGUUAUGAUGAAAUUUUGUGCCAUGUUAAAAACACAAUGGAAGAAAUGGAGAAAAAAAAUAGUAAAAUUGCCAUUGCAAGUCGUAAUAAUAUUUUAUUAUUCAAUGAAUUGGAAAAAAUUGUUGGUCAACUUGAUUUAUCAUCACAUCAUCAAAAAAUAUUAGAAAACGCCGAUUUUACAACCCCCGAAGGGAUAAAAGCGGCUAUAAGUGCAAGUAAUGCAUUAAAAAAUGCUUUAAACGCCGACAUUGAGCCCGCUUUAUUGGAUAUGGCGGCGGUUCAAGAACAAAAAAAGAAAUUUUUAAAACUAAAAGAUCAAUUUUCAGUCAGUUUAACACGCCAAUUAAAUAAUUUGUUUAUACAUUAUGGAAAUCAUGGAAAAGGAGAAACUAUAAGAACGGGGGAUAAUUUUUCUUUACCCCAACAUGGCGCUAUUCAUAAAGAAUUACAACUUUACACUGAUUUAAUGCAUUGGACAAAAGUUAUGGAUAGAAAAGCUUAUGAUUAUUUGAGAAAAUCUUAUACGGAAUCUUUUGGGAAAUUGUACGAAAAGGAUUUAAGGAGAUUAUUUGAAAUCGCGCGAGAAAGCAUUGGGGUUGUUAAUAACUUAACUUUACCGGUUAAGAAUGUUGCUUUACUUGGUUCUGAUAUUGAUUGGACAUUGGAGGCUUCUACGAAAGAUCGAGCGAAUUUCAAAGUUGUUUUGGAUAAAGUUUUAACGCAAUUAGAACCUGUUUGUUUGCAAGAACAGUUAUUUUGCGUUAAUUUCUUUCAAUUAGACAUUUUAAGCCCAAGUUCAAAAAAUACCCAAACAACUCUCGAUGGUAGAGAAAUGGAACAAACAUUAAUGGAUAAAAAGGUGGAUAAAAAAAUUGAAGAAGAUUUACGAAAAGUUAUGACGAGUUUAUUUUCAUGUUUAGAAGAAGAAUUGGUUAACUUUGUUAGUUGUAUUGAAAAACAAGAUAGCUUUUAUUCAAUGUACGUUUUGGUUUGUUUAAAUCAACAUGUAAUGUCUGCAAAAAGUACUUAUUUAAGUAACACUUUCGCUUCCGUUUUGAUCCAAGUUAAAAGAUCUUUGGAUAAAUUUAUGCAAUUACAAAUCGAGUCGAUUAAAGAGUGCAAAAUUCCGCGAAAAGCAAAAAGUGGGAUUUUACCCUACGUUUUGAAUUUGGAGGAGUUUUCGCGAAACGCUGAGGUUUUAUUAAAAAGCGAUCGCAGAGCUGAUUUGGAGAAAUGGUACACGCGAUUGAUCGAUACAAUCAUUGAGUGCAUUUCAUUACAUUCCGUUGAAAAUUCGAAAGGCCCACCUCAAGUUAUCAAAAUGGAAAAUUACCAUCAUUUAUAUUCGAUGUUAUCUCAAAUGAAAAUUUCCGUUUUGGAUGUCCAAAGGAAAGAGGCUAAACAAAAAUAUAAUGAUUCUUUGACAGGUUAUGUUACAUUGUAUUUUGGAAAGCCUUUAGAGAAAUUAAAUACAUUCUUUGAUGGUGUUCAAGCUAGAGUUCAAAGCGGUGUUAAAAUGUCGGAAGUAAGUUAUCAAUUAGCUUUUAGUAAACAGGAACUCCGAAAAGUAAUUAGUCAAUACCCGGGGUUGACGGUGAAAAGGGGGUUGGAAGCUUUAUAUAAAAAAGUCGAAAAACAUUUAUCAGAAGAAAGUAAUCUUUUACCCGUGGUAUGGCGGGCGAUGCAAGAAGAAUUUAUUCAACAACAUAAAAUGCUGGAGGAUCUUAUCCAACAAUGUUAUCCUGGAUCAAUGAUUAGCUUGGAGUUCACUAUAGAUGAUAUUUUAAAUUUUUUUUCAGAUAUUGCAAGAUCCCAUUAAAAAUGUUGUAUUAUUAAAUUGUUAUUAUUACAUACAUAUUAAAUUCAUAAAUAUUAGAUUAUUACUUUAUGACU